AUGAUACGGCCAAUUGUACACGCGAGACUUUGCUCGCUGCGAACAUCACGACGCGCCAUCUUCACACCUUAUGCGCGACGCGCGUUCAGCAACGCGCAUGCACGGAAGGAAGACCCGCGGCUGCAGGACAUUGGACGCAGCCUCAAAGACGAAUACGCGGUGGUCAGAGAUGAAUAUGAUACCCCCAAACACACCGUUGUCCUCGCCCAUGGCCUCCUAGGCUUCGAUGAACUCCGGCUUGCGGGGCAAUUUCUUCCGGGAAUACAAUAUUGGAGAGGCAUAAAGGAUGCACUGGCGGAGAAGGGCAUUGAGGUCAUCGUGGCGGCUGUUCCAGCCUCUGGCAGUAUCGAGGCUAGAGCUAUGCGUUUAGCAGAGGACAUAGCACAGAAGGCGCAAGGAAAGGCCGUGAACAUCAUUGCGGGUACAGAAGUCGUUCUUGACAAUCGGACUCAGCUGAAUGACUGCAGUGGACUCGACUCACGAUACAUGAUCUCUCGACUGAAGCCUGGGAAUGUCAGGGUUCUGUCGUUGACAACUAUUGCCACACCUCAUCGUGGCAGUGCUUUCGCAGACUACAUGUUCGACACCAUAGGUCCCCGCCAGAUCCGUAGAUUGUAUCGAAUCAUGGAAUACUUUGGACUGGAAACGGAAGCUUUCUCCCAACUGACGCGCACAUAUAUGAAAGAGGAGUUCAAUCCCAAAACUCCAGAUGUAGAAGGAAUCAAGUACUAUUCCUACGGUGCAAGCUUGGAGCCGUCGUCCUGGUCCGUGUUCGCGCUGUCGCAUUCAAUUAUCAAGCAGAGAGAAGGCGGGAUCAAUGAUGGACUUGUCAGUGUGGCAUCAAGCCAGUGGGGAGAUUACAAAGGCACAUUGGUCGGCGUUAGCCACUUGGAUUUGAUAAAUUGGACCAACCGCCUGAAGUGGUUCUUCUGGGAGCUUACUGGAAGCAAACGAAACUUCAACGCUGUCGCAUUCUAUCUUGACAUAGCAGACAUGUUGGCGAAAGAAGGCCUGUGA